UACAAAAUGAAUAUUUUAUUAAAAAUACUUUUGUUGUGUUGGAUAUGCACCAGAACAGAUGCAACACUUACAAAUGUGAACAACGUUAAGCUGAAGCUGACAGAAGCAGCUGCACAACAAACCGAUGGGGAGCAGGAGCGUAACAAAAGGCAAUUGACUUAUGCCACACCAAUUUAUUUCGACAAUGCUGUGCCAAUACCUGCCGUACCGUUGCCACCCACUUCAGUACCCGCGCCACAACCCGGUUUUCUGCCAAAUUUAACUCCACCUAACAAUUUACCUAUACCCGUUUUAGGUACAUGGGUUAGUGCUAUACCCGGUCUAGGCAAUUUGGGAAAUCUCGGUAAUUUGGGCAAUUUAGGAAACUUGGGCGGUUUAGGUGGUUUGGGCGGUUUAGGUAAUUUAGGAAAUUUAGGUAACUUGGCUUUGCUGCCAACUGCUACGAAUCCCCCAACAAGCUGUCCUCUCACACAGAAGCUGACUUGUCGCUGUGAGCCACUUGUAGCUUUGCCCGUUUUCAGACCACCUGGUACUAGAACCUUAGAAUCCCUAGAAAUAUUGACACACGAUUUACAGCAGAACGACGAUGGUUCGCAAGAAAUUACCACUAAUUUAAGCAAUGGCAUGUUAAUACAUCAUAAACAUAAUGCGGAGGAGAACACCACAUUUGGACACUUUUCCUUUAAACUAGAAGAUCAACUGUAUUUCACGAUUCAAUACAGCUUAAAUGGCUUUGACUAUGAUCUGAAAGGUAACUUUAGCUCCAUGGCGCCACAGCCACAAUAACAGCAACUGCAUUAUAUAGUUAAUUUAUUAUUCAUGUAAAA